CUUUCAGGUUUCCAACCCUGCAAACUUUGUUGGAAGAAUUGAAAAGAAGUUUAAGGCAGACUGAUCAUUUGUGUUCAAUUUCUCUGUUUCUUAAUGGCAAUGCACAAAACAGAGUUUGACCAGAGAACAUUUUGACCAGACGCAUGCAUUUACCUUGUAACAGGUCAGAAGAUUCUGAUGAGGUCAAAGCUUUGCAACAGUGGUGAUUAUUUGGAAAAGCUCUGUCCAGCUUUGAGGAGCUCUGGAGGGGUCUCAGAUCUUUCAUUGCUUGGUUUUCAUUCAUCACUCCCUGAAGUCUCAAGUCAUAGAGUGAUGCCAGUCUACUGCCAGAGUGGCGAUGGUGGAGAGUGGGGAUCAGGUGAUGUCCCUGGGGCUGUGUUCACUGGCAAUACUUCUGCUACGGUGUUCCAUGUGGUUGGAGAUGAUCCAGCCAGGACAGAGGGAGCAGCCUGGACCAAACCACAUUUCCAAGCUCUUCCAGAGACAAAAGACGGCGACUGCUCUGUCAGCUUCCACACCAGUCAAGUCAUGUCAAGGCGUUUACGAGCUUUCAGAGAGGAAGUGGCUUAUCUAAAGGCCAUUCAACAUGGGAACCACGCAGUGAUGGAGAACCUGGUCCAGUUUGUUGGAGCAGAAAUGGGAGAUCAACGCUACGAGGAGGUGAUCCAAGAGAAUAUUGUUGGGAUCAAGGAGGACCAUAUCAGUUGUGAGAGUGUGGUGACAAAAGCAACAGAGGAGAUGGAGAAUCAGCUGGAGGGAGAUGCUCAAGCCACUUUGACUGGAAUUCAAAAAAUAAAAGAGGAGUCCCUUGUCUUUGAAGAAAUGCUGCGUACCACAGCAGACAUCGCCACUCAACUGGAGAGCUCCUCUCGAGCCCUGCAUGUGGAGUUGAUGAAACAGCUGAGAAAGAACAUGAGACAGCCUCGCUAAACUAAAUGACGCAGUGGGAAACCAUCCGACCUGGAAAAAUAUAUAGUGUUAUUUGACAAGUCACAUCCAUAUUUAUUUGUAAUGUUUUAAUAACAGUGAACUUUUCUUUAAAAAACAUUAUUUUAUUUUAUUUUUACAGUUAUGUAGCUUCCUGUGAUUAAUUGAGUACUGAUUUGAUAAAACAACUGUUCUUACAUGCGUUUUACGACACCAAGACAAAAAUCUCUUCUCUGAAACAGCAAUAUUAUCAGAGGAUGGAUUGAAACUCGAACAGUAUGUUUCUUUCCAAGCUCUUGUCGGGUGUUAAUUUGUGAGCCAUUUUAAAGACAUAAUGUCUUUGUGUACAAGAAAAUUGAAGAAAUAAUCAUGGCAGUGAAGUGGCAUCUUAAAAGGAAUAUUACCUUUCCAAGUACACACAACUACACAGUUAUGGUCUCACUGUCUUGGUGCUAGGGAGCAGAUGGUGAAAAGUGAGGGUCUGGAAAUCAGCAUGCAUGAACUACUUGCUUUCUCUCUCUACAAUGUAUGAGGAGAAAGAAAAAAAGAAGAAGAAGAAGAAGAAAAAAACGACAUGGCAGUGAUGUCACUGUGGAAUAAAAAAAAAAAAAAACUUGAUUUGGCAACUUGAAGCCAGAAUCAAGAGAACACUCCAGUUAAGCUGAACUCUUUGUGACAGAAUAUAUUUUAAGUGUACUAUUGCAGACAGUUGUGGUCACUUUCCUGUAUGUGUAUCUUUGAAGAAGUUGUAUGUUUAGAAAGCCUAUGUACAUGUAUUUUACUGUAACUACAUGAAAAAUAAAAAUUGAA